AUGGAGGACAGGAAGAGACCUCCCAUCAGCACCGCUGAGGAUCUCGCUCCUCCCAGCAAGCGACACCAAACCGUCAAUGGAAGCAAGUCCAAAGGUGACAGCGGCGAUACCGCCGAGGAGCAUUGGAUCGAGAAUUACCAAAAGGGCGCCAUAUACAGGCAGCUGCAGGAAACAAAGAGGGAAAAAGCCGAUUUCGAGUCGCGCGUCGAGCAGUUGCAGAAGAACCUCAACCAUCGGGAGGAUCACAUCCGCAUCAUCGAAGCAUGGUGGAAGCAGGUAUUGGAGGAGAUGGAACAGCUCGUGGAUCCUGCGCUACCACCACCGGCAGGCCCAACCAGCCCCCCAUACAUUACUAGCACGCAUUUUAAGGAUAACGAAGAAUUCCAACGGCACCUGGGCGACACCACCGCGGACAUAAGGAAGCGAGCCGAAGCAGUCAUUAACCGGAUCGCAAGCGCCAGAGGUGAAAUAACGCCAAACAUCGCCGACUUGGAAACUAGAGUGAAUAGCCUUCUCGCCCAACAGAAGGACUACCUGGUGAAGCUCGACCGAGCGAAUCAGGAAAAUGAACAACUAUCAGAGGAUCUCAACAAGGCCAGCCUGAGAUUCUUUAAGGCGGAAAAGCGCAUGGACCGACUUAAGAGCGCCCAAGUACAAAAGCUCGAGCAGCAGUUCAUUGCUAGUGCCAAGCCGACGGCCGCUGGAGGAGAGAACGGCAGCGACAACGCUGAAGCGAAUGGUAAUGCCGCCGAGGCCUUGAUCAAGUUCGAGGAGGCAUCGGCGGUCGUCGCAAAGCAAAAGGAGCAGCUUGAGGCUGCGCAGGCCGAUAUCAAGACACUACAGGAGGAGAACUCGGCGCUCAAGGCGCGACGCGAAGGGCUCACCGAUGAAGACUUCAUUAGGACCGAUGUCUUCAAGCAGUUCAAAAGCCAGAAUGAGGACCUGAUCAAGAGAGUUAACCACUUGGAAGCGACGAACAAGCAGCUAAAGGAGGAGGCUGAGAAGCUGCAGGCGGAGCGAACGGCUUUCCGAACCAAGCUGCAUGAUGAGGCGCAGGGGAUGGUUAUUGAACUGGAGCGGCAGGUUGAGGAGCGCGAUGCGGAUCUGACCCGAAUUCGAGCCGCCCGAGACGAGUGGUACGCCAAGGCGAACAUGCUGGAGACGCGAGAAAGGGAGGAGAAGCAGGCGCACCAGCACCUCAAGGAACUCACCGGGUCCCAACAAGAUCGAAUCACAUCGAUGGAGCUGGAGUUGCAGCGAUUGAAGCCCGAAGACCAGCAGAUGGCGGACCCAGACCCCGAACUGGAUACCCUGCCCGCCGAAGAACUGCUGGCCAAGUAUAAGAAGCUGCAGCAAGAUUUCGAGUCUAUCAACAAGGAGUUGCCGGCACUGCAGCAAGCGUACAAGCGAUCCAUGACCCUGGCACAGAAGAAGGUCAUGGACUUUACCGCCCUCGAAGAGCGGGUCGCAGCAGCGCUCGCUGAGAAGCAAAAGGCCGACCAGAAGUACUUUGCAGUAAAGAAGGACGCCGACAUGAGGGAUAGAGAACUCGGUGUGCUCAGGAGCCAGCAUCGCAAGAGCUCCGAAAUCGUGUCGCAGCUAAAGGAAGUUGAGGCGCAGCACAGAGUUCUCAUUAGCAACCUUGAAAAGCAGCUCUCCGACCUGAAGCAGGCGAACGCGGCCAUGGCGGCGGAACACAAGAAGAUGGAGGCAACCAGCUCCGACGCUGCGCGUCGCGCUGAUUCGUAUAAGAACCAAAUCAACGAACUGUCGGGCCUCGUCAAGUCCCGCGAUGCGGCCGUUGCUGCCGCAAGAGAACGAACGACGACUCAAGAAGCGGAGGUGGAGCGCCUCAAGGUGCGCGCAGACAUGGUGCAGAAGGACAAGGACGAGUGGAAACGCAAGGCGUUGAGCAACUCGUCGGAGGAAGAGGAAAUGCUCAGAACCUUUGCACUAUGUACUGUUUGCCGCAACAACUUCAAGGACACGGCCCUGAAGACUUGCGGUCACCUGUUCUGCCACCAGUGCGUGGAUGACCGGAUCAGCAACCGCAUGCGAAAGUGCCCCAACUGUUCGCGGGCAUUCGAUCGGCUGGAUGUUAUGAGUGUCCACCACUAG